UUAUUACUAAUUUAACGACAGAGGAGCUACAGGACUCUAAGGGCCACAGUUCUGAUUUGGGGAGCCCAACUUGCCUUGGCCAGACAGCUGCUCAGCUGGUUCGUCCUAUCAGCCUGGAUUGGUGCAACUGAAUCACAGGAGAUAUUUGCAGGUUUGCUGGGAUGGGAAAUCUGCUCAAAGUCCUUACCAGAGAAAUUGAAAACUAUCCACAUUUUUUCCUGGAUUUUGAAAAUGCCCAGCCCACAGAAGGAGAGAGAGAAAUAUGGAACCAGAUCAGCGCUGUCCUCCAGGAUUCCGAGAGCAUCCUCGCAGACCUGCAGGCUUACAAAGGCGCAGGACCAGAGAUCCGAGAUGCGAUUCAAAAUCCCAAUGACAUUCAACUUCAAGAAAAAGCUUGGAAUGCAGUGUGUCCUCUGGUUGUGAGGUUAAAGAGAUUUUACGAAUUUUCCAUAAGGCUAGAAAAAGCUCUUCAGAGUUUAUUGGAAUCUCUGACUUGUCCGCCCUACACACCAACCCAACACCUGGAACGGGAGCAGGCCCUGGCAAAGGAGUUUGCAGAAAUUUUACAUUUUACUCUCCGAUUCGAUGAGCUGAAGAUGAGGAACCCAGCCAUUCAGAAUGACUUUAGCUACUACCGAAGAACGAUAAGUCGCAACCGCAUCAACAACAUGCAUCUAGACAUUGAGAAUGAAGUCAAUAAUGAGAUGGCCAAUCGGAUGUCCCUCUUCUAUGCAGAAGCCACACCAAUGCUGAAAACCCUUAGCAACGCCACAAUGCACUUUGUCUCUGAAAACAAAACCCUGCCAAUAGAGAACACCACAGACUGCCUCAGUACGAUGACAAGUGUCUGUAAAGUCAUGCUGGAAACCCCGGAGUACAGGAGCAGGUUCACAAGUGAAGAAACACUGAUGUUCUGCAUGCGGGUGAUGGUGGGGGUCAUCAUCCUCUAUGACCACGUCCACCCUGUGGGAGCUUUCUGCAAGACAUCCAAGAUUGAUAUGAAAGGCUGCAUAAAGGUUUUGAAGGAACAGGCCCCAGACAGUGUGGAGGGGCUGCUAAAUGCCCUCAGGUUUACUACAAAGCACUUGAAUGAUGAAUCGACUUCCAAACAGAUUCGAGCAAUGCUUCAGUAGAGCUCUGCUCAAAGAAGAGGAUCUAUGUGCUGACCUCAGAAGAUGUAUAUGUUUACAUAAUUUAAUACAGAUUGAUGUUAAUACUUGUGUAUUUACAUAACCGUUUCCUUCUUGUCACUGAAAUAUAUGGACUUUAAUUUGUAUCAUGACUGACUUAACCCAGCAGAGCAUAAAUUGACUUGAGAGCCUUACCUUUGAUGUCUGAAACGAAACCCCCUUCUCCAACGGCAAAAUUCGGAGACUUUGAACUUUGCUACUGGAGUCCUUUAACAACACCUGUAACAAUCAGAAAUUCCUAAUAGUUUGUGCUAGUGUUUUAAUUCUAAAUGUGUUAUCUCUCUGGGAAGUAUAGUUUAUAGAAACACAAAGUAUUUGAUUUCCUGUGUCGGCUCAGCUACAAGAAACACAACUGUUAUCCUAACAGAGGGAGAGAGGAAUCCAAAAAAAGAAAAAUGCAUGUGGAGAAUCAAACCCAAGUGUUUUGAAUUCAGCACGCCCCCUCUCUUUCCUCAGACUGCAAACCCCACGUGCAGCUUUUCUGUUUGCACGUGUUUUAUUAAUCAUCAUAUUCCUUUCUGUCUGGAUUUAUAUCCCUCUAAUGUUUCCUUUUAAUUUUGCAAGAGGAAAACCACCUGUAUUCUAAUCAGUUAGUGAGAAAGCAGCAGGAAUAGACAGAUGCACUGUUGCAGCUGGACUGAUGAAGGUUGUUGUCUUAGAAGUGGGGGACAGGUUGGAGGAGGGACACCCAGGCAACAGGAUGGUUAUGCUCUGUUUCAACCCCCCACCUAGUGCGACAGGGAUUUGGAGCUCUGGCUUUGAAAUUAUAGGUAAGUUUCCCAACCUUCCAGUUAUCAGCAGAGUGCUGGGUGCACAGCCCCUCUUAAUAGGAGUCCUGUCCUCUGUGGACCAUUCAUGUGGGAGCAGAGAUCCAGCGCACUUCAUUAGUUACCAGGAAAGUGGGGAAAUUUAGAGAGAGAAAACUCACAUUUUCUGAUUACUUGGGAUUUCAAAGGCAGCUCCUUCUCAGCCCCACUACUAGCUCAUUACGAUGUGAAAGCUGUGGUCUGAACACCUGGUUUUAGUCCCAGCCCUACUAAUGAUUCGCAGCAUGAUCUUGGGAAAUUUGUUUAAGCUCUCUGCAUCUCACCUUCCUAGUCUAUAAAAUGGGCAAUUAAAACAGACAAUCUCCAAGAGCCCUGUAAGGCUGGGCACCAAUGAAAUGACUGACUUCCUCAUCCUUCUUAGUAGGUAGAGUCUAGUAAGCAUUGCCCCCCUUGUCUUGAUGAUUAAUGAUAUUACAAGGCCUGUAGUCAUUCUGUCUGUAGACAGAGAUUAGUUAGAAUAGAAUCUUGGAAAUCAUCUAUUUGACCUCCAAUGGAAAAAAUGAGGCCCAGAAGAUGUGGUCACACAGAAUGGCUCCCAGGUGUGACCAGAACCAGGAAUCUUCACUCCUGACUCCAUGCUCUUCCUUUUCACCAUGUGGCCUGUGAAUACAUACUAUGGGAUGGGACUGGACCUUUCCUAAUAAAUCCUGUCUGGCCUAUAUUAUUAUUUGCUUAUUUCUACUAGAAGGUAAGAGUUGCCCAGAAUGUUAGUGAAUGAUAAUCUUGGGAGUGGAGUCUGGGCACACCAAGGUUUGGCAUUAUUUGUGAUAUCCCAAGUAAUGAGCUGCAAGGUACCAUUGCUUUCUGGACUUUAGUGGCCAGGUGACAUUCCCUUGAGCCCUCAAAGAAAAGUUGAAAAAAUACUUGUUUUGUUUUGUUAACAAAGAAAUACAGUCAGGGGGUAAGAAAGAUUCUCUGGUCUGUAUGUAAACAUUAGUCAACAAAGAGAGGAAAGGCUGGUUUUCUUGUAGUUUUUCAAGCUUAACAUGUACAGCUACUUGGAUGGAGGUUUUGUCAUGCAAACAGAAAUUUAUUAGAUAGCCUUCAAGACUUUUUUAAACCUAGGGAUUCUAAAACCCUAGAGGGAGCCAGAAAAUGUGGUAACUCCAAGUAAGCAAAGUCAUUAAAUAUUCAGUUUAAGAAAUGUCCUAUUUGGCAGCUACAUGUUUUGUUUGAGCAAUAACUGUCAAAAUGAGAAAUACAGAGGCACACAAUGUUUGUCAUCAUUGGGGCCAUUUUUCUCCUUUGUCAGGUGAGGAGUUUAAGGACUUGCCAACCACCAGAGGGCUCAAGAGGCACAGACCCAGGGACAUGAACCCAAGUUGUGUCUAUACCAUAGCUUCCUCUCAGCUCGCUGAGUAAGAAAAUGCUAGAGAUUGUCUGUCCAAUUAUAUGUGUAUAUAUAUCAGAGUACAUAGUUGAGCACAUUUAUAAUUUUUAACUAGGCUUUCUCUUAAUGGGACCAAAUAUACACGAGUUGCUGCUGGACUGCCCCAAUUUAGCCAGGCCACCUUGUCUCAAAGCCAAGAUUCACCAGUAUGUGGAUUCUGAAAAGCCCAGGGUCUCAAUUGUUGUCUCUGAUUAUUAGGAGGACAGGUUAACUGAAUGUCCGUGAUCACUAACAGGUGACGAGCCUUGGGCCCGCUCCAGAGCUACUGUGGGAGACAAAUUCUUUUAACAGACUGUCCAACAGGCAUCAGGAGUCCUUGAAAAAUCACUUGUUCUGUGCUGCAUGCACACGUGUCCAAGACUCGUGGAUGGUUUAGGGGGAAGUGCUAGCGCCAGUGUCAACGUCAAUGUUAACUAUAUUUCAUAUUUGAUGUCUCAGAGUUUUCAAAUAAACAGUGUUUUCCAUGACUCAGAUAUUUAUUUUGGGGCAAACAACAAGGUGAAAGUUACAUUUCUCAGAUACAUUGCUACUGUGGCAUUAUAACUCUGUUCUCUGAAACCAUUCAUGUGCCACUAGGAAUUUGUAGUAAAAAGCAAGUGGAAAAUGACGUUUUGAAUUGCACUGACCCAUUAGGGCCAAAGUAUUGAUUAACAACCAGAAAACUAUGAAUUUUUCUAGAUGUUAAUAAUAAAUAUUGGAAUUUUAUCUUAAAGAGCCCAGAACUUAAGAACCUAGUUCUCCUGCUAUGUCUAUGAAGGCUGUUGCAUACCCGAAGCUGUUCUAAAGUUGUCAUAUGUUGUUUGCUGAAGUCAUUGUAAUUUUUUUUGCCUGCUUUACCUCUUUUUGUACAGAGGUUUUGAGUGUGAAAUGAAAAUUAAAGUUUGGUACAUAUAUUUAGAAA